GCCCCAAAAACUGGCACCAAAAAGACUGGCAAGACGCGCUCCGCCCUCCAGGACGUCGUCACCCGUGAAUAUACCAUUCACCUACACAAACGCGUGCACGGCCGCUCCUUCAAGAAGCGUGCUCCUCAUGCCGUCAAGUCGGUAAUCGAAUUCGCCCAGAAGGCCAUGGGCACCCAGGACAUCCGCCUCGACCCCAAGCUCAACCAGGCGAUUUGGGCCCAGGGUAUCAAGAGCGUACCCCACAGGAUACGGGUCAAGCUUGAGCGGAAACGUAAUGACGAGGAGGGUGCCAAGGAAAAGCUUUACACCUACGCUUCUCACGUCAUCGUCGAGACCUUCAAGGGUCUCGAGACGACAGUCGUUGAAGCUGACGAGUAAACGUCUCGCAUUUCUUUAUCGUUUAUGAACGAGGAGGAGUCGAAACGCCGGCCAUUCCGUCGUGUACACGUGCCGCCAUGCUGUUAUCCACACGUCCGCUUUGUUAUGCAUUUCUCGUGUGUUCAGUGUCACUUCGGAAUCAAGUCGGCGUGCUUGUGCCGCA